AUCAAUGUAUUUACUGUUUGAGUUUAAGUGGAUACAAUGUUUACUUGUCGUCAUUUUGAAAACACAGGAAGCCCAAUUUGAUAUACUUUGGAGAGACGACAUGAAAUGGUCGAAGGCAUAUUCUAUCGGUGAACCAAAACUAGAAGCUGGUGAGACUAGAGAUGCAAUAAGAUACUUUAAAAAGGCCAUGGUUAUUGCACAAAAGAAUGGCUCUAAACAGGAAGAAGCUGUCACACUUGAACGACUUGGUAAUGUUUACUAUGGCAUAGAAAAUUAUCACGAAUCUGUUGAAUACUAUGAGAAGGGACUGGAAAUAGUACAAGAGACUGGUAACAAGAAACUAGAGUGUGUGAUGUGUUAUAACAUUGGCAUUGCGUACGAUAAACUGGGAGAUUAUGAAAAGUUUAGGGAGUAUUCAAAACAAGGCUUUAAUGUUGCGUUAAGAAUCGGUGACUCUAGACUCACUGCAGAUUCUUAUGAAGGUCUUGGUCGUGCUUACCAUUCCCUGUGUGACUAUCAAAAUAGUAUUAAGUGCCAUAAAAAAGCUGUUGAUAUGUACAAACAACUGAAUGAUGAAGAAGGAUUAGGGCUUUGUUAUGGAAACAUGUCAUUAUCAUAUCAAAGGCAAGGAAAGUACCAUGAUGCAAUUCGUCUAUUAGAGGAGAGUCUCAGGAUAAGUGUUAAAAUUGGAAGAAAAAAAGAUCAAGCGACUGGCUUACUUAAUUUGGGGUCAAUAUACGCAAGGUUGAAUGAUUAUGAUAAGACCAUCGAAAUGGUCCAGAAAAGUCUUGCUAUCAAUAAAGAGAUCGGUAAUAAAGGUCUUCAGGCAAACUGUUACUGUAGCCUGGGAAAUGUUUUGUUUCAUAAUUGUUAUAAAUAUUCAGAAGCCAUUGUGUAUUAUCAGRAAUGCUUAGACAUUUCAAAAGAAAUCGAUGAUAAACAAUCACAAUCGGUCGCCUUAUUAAACAUUGACCAAUGCUUAAAUGAAUUACAUCGAUACGAAGAAGCGAGUAAACAAUACGACAGUACUCUUGCUCUUGCUAAAGAAUUAAAUGACAAAUAUAGUGAGGCAGGUAUUUAUCUUUCUAUGGCUGAAAACAACAUUUGCAGAAAUCAAUUUCAAACUGUAUUACCUUUAUAGGAGAAAUGUCUUGAUAUCGCUUCGACUAUUGGCAAUAAAGAACUUGAGGGUGCAGCAUGCUAUACUUUAGGUCAAAUAUACUAUUCAUUACACAAAGAGAAACAAGGACAUCAAGCAUGUCAUAAUACUGAUGAUAAUGUAGCUAAAUCAGAGGAAUACUUGAGGAAGGCUCUUGAUUGUUUUGACUUUUUAUUUCAACAUCUCCAUCAACGAGAUCUUCUCAAAGUGUCUUUUUUCGAUAAAUUGAAUAAAGCGUACAAAC